UCUGGGGGUUUGGGGACUGGCAGCUGGGGUUGGGCUGAGCUAGAAAGUGUUUAUUGGGCUGGACUGGGAGCACUGGGAGCGCACUGAAAUCUGUACUGGGAGUGCCCUGGCAACCUUGGGACCGGCACUGGGAGCACUGGGAGCUUUGGGGCCUGUGCUGGGGUCUGCACUGCAGCUACUCCCAGAGCCACGGGGCCGUACUGGGAGGCAUACUGGGAACACUGGGAAUACACUGCUGGCCACGUGGGGAGAGCUGCGCCUGAGGCUGGCUCCGGACUGGAAGCACUGGCUCCGUACUGGGAACACUGGGGAUCAUAUCAGGAUCUUGGUCUGACUGUAGAUGAUGCUGGUGGUGUACUGGGAGCACUGGGGCAUACUGGGAUCCUGCCUGAAGAGCUGUGGCUCACCAGCAUUGUACUGGGAGUGCUGGUGGUAUGUUGGGAGCACUGGGCACAUACUGGGACUGUGCCAGAAGACCUGUGGUGCAGCCAGGGUUGUACUGGGAGCAGUGGGCCCACACUGGGAUGGUGCUGGGCAUGCCUACCCUGGUGGUUUCUGCAGCAUUUCACCAUUUUACUUCGGUAAUUUCCCAAUUUUGACUGUUUUUCUCACCUCUUCUUGCCCAUUUGUGCCCCUGUUUUGCCCUUUUCCCUUGCUGUUUCAUACUCUUUUUCCCACUUUUGCAGUAAUUUCUCCCACUGUUGCUCCCAGUAGAGCCCAAACCUCUGCUUUCCAGUAUGGACCAGUGCUUCCCAGUAUAGCUUUGUGCCCUCUGCAGGACUUUGAGUGUGAUCCAGGACUCCAGGAUGAUGUGACCAUGGCCCAGAGCCCGAUCCCAGUAUAUCCCACCAGCUCCCAGUGCCUUUCCAGUGCUCCCAGUGCUCCCAGUGGCACCACAGCUGCACUGGGGGCAGGGAUGGGGCAGGGCCUCCUUCUGUGGAGUCAGUGGGGACAUGAGGAUGUCACCUCUGCCUCAGCUGGCCGGGCUGUGGCGUGUCCCGGGGUGUCACCGGGCACAGUGACCCCAGGCACAGCAUCUCCCGAUGGCCACAUGUCCCACAGACUCACCCAGCCUGGAAAAUCCCUCCCAGCCCGUCCAGUCCAGCCUGUGCUCGGUCCACACCUUGUCCCCAGCCCAGAGCUCCGAGUGCACCUCCAGAAUUCCUGGGACACCUCCAGGGAUGGGCACUCCAACCCUCCCCGCGCACUUCCAAUCCCUGAGCUCCCUUUCCACGGGGAAAUUCCUGCUGGUUCCAUGUCGGAGAAGGGAGAAGCAGACAUCGAUUCAUCAUCUGCAAACUCCGUUUAUUUGGAUUUUAUGUAUCUACUUCUACAUUUUUGUGGGUAUCGUGUAAUGCAAAGUCCCUGCUUCUACGUGCCGUUACCAGUUUCAUACCAGUUCCAUCCAGGCUUCCUUAUCUCAAGGGUACCCUGCUUUUGAAGCUGUCUUUAUUCUAACAGAAGACUGCCUUUGUUUUAGUAAGCUGCUACUGCUUAGUCUGCAGGGUCUCUAAUCUGCAGAGUCUGCAGCUCCAAUAAAUUGAUCUUGCUAUGUC